AUGGCUGACAAUUCAUCAGCUAUUGACAACAGCAAUGGAGUUCUCACUUAUGAUUCACCUAUUUCAAAAGCUAUUAAGUUUUGGCUAUUAUUAGUAGGUGUGACCUCUGCUAUGCCAUGUUAUCUGCUUUUAAUUUAUUAUUUUUUGGCUCAUAAAAGUAUUCGACAAGCACUUUAUAAUCAUAUUAUUAUUGCAAGUUUAUUUGUUGAUUUUAUUAUUCUAUCGGUAGAUUUAACAUGUCAUCUAGGUUUCCUAAGAUUAGGAUAUCUUGCUCCAUCUACACCAGCUCUUUGUUUAGUAUGGCAAUUAGUAGAUUAUGGAUUUUGGUAUGGAGAUUUAUUUUUAAAAUCAUGGGCAGCAAUUGAACGACAUAUUUUAAUAUUUCAUUCACAUUUACUUAAUACAAGUUGGAAACGCUUAUUAUUUCAUUAUCUUCCACUUGUAUUUGUUACAUUUUAUACUCCAAUUGUAUAUACUUAUUUAAUCUUCUUCUAUCCAGCUGAACAUAUAUAUGAUUAUACAGUCUUAUCAUGUAGUGGUCCUUAUUAUUAUUAUGGAAUUCCAGCAUGGUUAAUAUGGUAUGAAUCAUUAUUUCAUUAUGUUAUACCAAUCUUCAUCUUAAUAAUCUUCAGCAAUGCUCUUUUUAUUCGAAUAAUUAUACAAAAAUCUCGUUUAAAUGUUACACAGGGAUGGCGUCAAUACAGAAAAAUGACUAUACAACUUGUUUUUGUAUCAGUUAUUUAUCUUUUUGAUUUACCAUAUAUUAUUGUUACAAUUGUAAGAUGGUCAGGUUUAGCAGAUUUUGGAACUGAUGUUCAAGGACCUUAUUUCUAUUAUGUUAAUUAUAUUCCAAUUGUUCUUUUUCCAUUUGCUAUUCUUGGAUCACAUCCAAAACUAGUACAACAAAUAAUUCAUCGAAAAAGACGUCGACAAAUUGCUGUUAGUCAGCAAAACAUGACUAAAAAAUUUUAA